UGUACUACCCUUCGCACAUUACCCCUUUAGGCAGUCGAGCCAUUUCCCAUUUCUCAUUUCCCAGUGGCGCGUUUUGUGUUACGCCUAUAACCAUCCAUACAAAAACAAAAACAUCAAGAGAUCCCUAACCCCAUGAGUGAAAAUUAGUCAAUACAAAUUUACGACAAAGUCCCACUAGUGUAGGGGCACAACCAACAGGUGACCAGCCAAAAUCAUAAAACUAUGGAUUUGUUAAAUCUUGGUUCACAAUCUCGGAAGACGGGGAUAAGACCUCGACAGAAUUUAAGAAAGGAUAAGUAUGAUAUGGAAGAUGUCGAUGAAUUCUUUUCUGAUGAUGAUGAUGAUGAUGAGGGGAUUGAAAUUAAUAAAAAUGAGGGCGGAAAUACUAAUAGUAUAAGUAAUGCGAUUAUCGCACGACUGGGAGGAUCAAAGAGAAGAUCUAUACAAUCAUUAACUCCUAAAGGUAGUUUUAAUAAUGUAGCUAAACGACUUAAUUUUGAUAGUCAAGGUGAAUCAUUUAAUUUAUCACCAAUAUCCAUAACUUCAAAAUUUGCGACUACAACGACUUCUUCAGCUUCAGCAGUUAAGCAGAAAAACAAAAAGUCUCCCUUACGAUCUCCCUUACCUGAACAUAAGAAAGAAAAUGCUAAACCAGUUGAAAAGCAGAGACUCUUUGUACCGCCGGAAGAUGCUGAUGAACCAGAUGAUGAUAAUUAUUAUAAUGAUAAUUUUAUGGGUGAUGAUGAUGGUGAACCUCCAGAUAUGAGUUUAUCUCCAGUGAGUUUAUCUCCAAUAACAAAGCGAGGUACUUCAACAAAGAAAACUAAUAAAGCCAGUGGUAUAUCAGCCAGAUCAGCUUCAUCUCUAACAAAGAGAAUGGCAUUGGGAAAAGCAUCUAGAAGUAAAAAGAAGUCAGUCAUUGAACAAGACGAAGAAGAAGAAGAGGAAGAGGAAGAGGAUCAGGAAGUAUCCCAAAUACAAGACGAUGACGGUGAAGACGAUGAAGAUGACGAAGAUGAAGAAACUAGAAGUGAGUUAUUAUCACCUCCACCAACAAAUAAGAAACCCAGUAGAAAACCAAGAUCUACAAUACGCAAAUCUAUUCAAAGAUCACCUGCUCAACAACCAACAAUUAUUAAACCUUCACCAUUACCUUCACCUCCACCGGAUGGAUUGAGAAGAUCAAAACGUGUUAAGGUAGCACCUCUAGCUUAUUGGAGGAAUGAAAGAAUUGUAUAUAGUAGAGCAGAUGAAACACAAGCUGAUCCGGAUACAACAUUAGCAACCGAUAUAAGAAAAGUUCCAUUACAAAUAAUUAAAGAAAUUGUACAAAUGCCUGAACCUCAAAAUGAAAUCAGACAGCAUAAACGUUCACGACUGAGAUCUAGAACCACUCCUCCUAAACAAAAGAAACUGAAUCCAAAUCAACCAGUAUAUGAUUAUGAAUCCGAUCCAGAAAUUACUGGAUCAGAAUGGUUUAGUAAGAAAUCAUUAGAUGUAAAUGUCUAUGAAAAUGAUAAAUCUAUUAAACGUACAGUUGUAUAUGCUCCUGAUGGUGGGACAUUCAAACAUGAAUCUAAUGGAUUUGAAAACUUUGAUGUGGCUUCAUUAUUUCAAGAUGAAAGUGGAUCAAGUGCUAGUGGAUUAGUUGAAUUCCCCUUAGAAGGUUCUAAAGAAUUUCGAAGUUCAGGAACUUUCAUAUAUUAUUUCCAUGUUGUACGAGGAUUAAUUGAAGUAACUUUAAAUAAUUCUACAUUUGUUGUAACAAGAGGUUGUUCAUUCCAAGUUCCGCCCCAAAAUUCAUAUGGAUUUAAGAAUAUUGGACAAGAUUCUGCUCGACUUUUCUUUGUUCAAAGUCAAAGUGCCGAAGUUGAGAUUGAUAAUGGAGAAGACAAUAAUGUUGGAGAGGAUGACGAAUCAUGGGAAUGAUCAUUGUAUUAUAUAUAUAUUAAUUUUGUAUACCUACGCCUUAUAAUAGAAGUAUUUAUUCA